CUUUAUAUAUAUGGAACUCGAACUCACCUUCUCCCUGCUCUGCCGACUCUGUCUCUCAUUCUUUAUUUCAUUCUGUCUCUAGAAAAGAUGGGAAUUGUUUCAUGUCCAAUACUUUGUCAUCCAGAGAAGGAAGGAGAAUCCAUGUCUCACUCUAAUAACUCGUCAGAAUCAUCAAUUUCAUCACUCACUUCUCAACCAAGUCUUCCAACUGUUCCAUCACUGACUUCACAAUCUUCUACCCAGAAAUCCUUGACAACCUUCCAUGAAUGUAUUUCAACUCUUAAAGGUCAUUCUUCUUAUGUUUUUUCUCUUGCCCUCUCUGGUAAAUAUCUUUACAGUGGUGAUUCUAAUAAAGAAAUUCGAAUGUGGAGUCAUGAUUCUAACACUCUAAAAUCAGAACGAGUUAAUGAUGUUGAGAAUUCAAUGAAUAACACGGUUGCGAUUGGUAAUGGUGGUGUUAAAUCUCUAGUAGUUUAUGGUAAUAAACUCUUUAGUGCUCAUCAAGAUCAUAAGAUUCGAGUAUGGUUAAUCGAUAACAGCGAAACCACUCAGCUCAAGAAAUACAAACAGUUAGCAACACUUCCGACACUUUCCGACCGUUUAUCGAAAUUAGUUUUACCCAAGAAUCAAAUUCGGAUAAGAAGACAUAAAAAAUGCACUUGGGUUCAUCAUGUUGAUGCAAUAUCUGGUUUAGCUUUAUCAAGAGAUGGGUCUCUUAUGUACUCGAUUUCUUGGGAUAGAACCUUUAAAAUUUGGCGAACAUCGGAUUUCAAGUGCUUAGAGUCUGUAACAGAUGCACACGAUGAUGCCAUAAAUGCUAUUGCGGUAUCUAAUGACGGUUUAGUCUACACCGGAUCAGCUGAUAAGAAAAUCAAAGUGUGGGGAAUAGUUGAAGGAGAAAAGAAACACUCAUUAAUGGCUACAUUAGAAAAACAUAAAUCUUCUGUCAAUGCUUUGGUUCUUAGUAGUGAUGGGUCUACUUUGUAUUCUGGUGCUUGUGAUAGAUCAAUUGUAGUCUGGGAAAAGGAUAGUUGUGGUGGUAGUGGAAUGGUGGUUGUGGGUGCUCUUAGAGGACAUACUAAAGCAAUUUUGUGUCUGGCAAUUGUAUCAGACAUGAUUUUUAGUGGAUCUGCUGAUAAAACAGUUAGAAUUUGGAGAAAAUGUUCUGAGAAUAAUGGUUAUUCAUGUUUAGCAGUUUUACAGGGACAUAAUAGACCAGUCAAAUGCUUGACUGCAACUAUUGACCAUGGUAAUUCAUCUUCAAAAGCUGACAACACUGGCUCUUAUCUUGUUUAUAGUGGCAGCUUAGACUUUGAUAUCAAAGUUUGGCAUGUUUCUGUUCCCUUUCUUUAGUAGGUUUCAGAAGGUUUGUGCCUACAUAUAUUUUUGUGCCAAUAUGUUUUAACCUUCAAACUUUUAUUAUUUUGGAUCUGUAAAUAGAAAAUUGGAGGUCCAUUUUCAAAAAAAUUAUGAACUUAUUACAUAAUUUUUGAGAGGUAUGUAAAUUGAUGUUAGGGGAAAGUCUACUUUGGUUUUUGAGAAGCAGAGUUUCCAUUAAUUUGUUAAGCUUUUCGAGAGUUUGAAGCAGUAAGUGUGUGAGAGACUCUGUAAUGAAGAUUAAUUAUCAAUGUAAGCAUUUAAGUUGUGUUGUUUGAAAA